CUCGCUCGCACCUCCCAAGCCGACCACAGAUACAGCCGAACCUAGCCAUUGCAUUCGCAAGAUACUGGUACAGAUACGCCAUUGCCAUUGCACCUCCCUCUUCCAAAUUCCAGCCGCUUCAUCUCCUCGUGUCUCUGUUCGCGAGAGAUCGCUGUGCCUGCGCGAUCGUGUUCUUUGAUUUGUUGAUGGCCAUCUAAAUUGUGGAGAUUGUUUCGCGGAGAGGAAGGGAUCAGCCGAUCGAGGGAAGGGGAGGAAGGAGCCGCCAAGAACACGUCCGGUAGUAAAACGCCAAGAUGGUUAAUUUCGGGAAGGUCUUGGUGUCAGAUCAAUUGGAAGAGUGGAAAGAAUACUACAUUAAUUACAAAAUGAUGAAGAAAAAGUUAAAACAUUAUGUCCAGCAGACCCAAAAUGGUGGAAGAAAUCAUGAACAGGUUCUUAAAGAGUUCUCAAGAAUGCUUGACGAUCAGAUUGAAAAGGUUGUGCUCUUUCUCUUGAAACAGCAAGGCCAUCUUGCUAGCAGGAUCGAAAAAUUGGGAGAACAGCGUGCUAUGCUCACAGAACAGUCUGAUAUAUCCCAGGUUUCUCAAGUGCGAGACGCUUAUCGUCAAGUCGGGCUUGAUCUUGUGAAGCUCCUUAGAUUUGUUGAUAUGAAUGCUACUGGAAUCCGGAAGAUACUUAAGAAGUUUGAUAAACGCUUCGGCUAUAGAUUUACAGACUAUUAUGUCUCAACUCGUGCGAAUCAUCCUUAUUCUCAGCUUCAGCCGAUCUUCAAACAAGUGGGUAUUGUAGCUGUUGCUGGUGCUCUGACACGAAACCUUGCAUCUCUGCAAAAUCAUCAUGGAAGCUAUACGUCAAUCUAUGACCAUCCAUCAAUUACCUUGAAGGAUCCUGUCAUAGAACAAAUAAAUCAUUCAGUACAAAAACUCACGAACUCCACAACCUUCCUGAAAUUCCUAGGGCAACACGCACUCAUUGUUCCAGAAGAUGUGCAAACUAGCUCAGACGAUCUUGUUGAUGACCAGAGCUACCAUUUCAUGUCGCUGAUGCUCAACCUAGUGAACACAUUCCUCUACAUGGUAAACACAUAUAUCAUCGUUCCGACCGCAGAUGACUAUUCGGUGAGCCUUGGCGCAGCGGCAACCGUCUGCGGUGUGGUCAUCGGGUCGAUGGCAGUUGCCCAAGUGUUCUCCUCGGUUUAUUUUAGUGCCUGGUCAAAUAAGUCGUACUUCAGACCCCUUGUAUUCAGCAGCAUCAUGCUGUUUUCAGGGAACCUGCUGUAUGCUUUGGCGUAUGAUUUCAAUUCCAUAACUGUUCUCAUUCUUGGCCGGCUACUCUGCGGGCUGGGUUCUGCCAGAGCUGUGAACCGUCGGUAUAUCAGCGACUGUGUGCCUCUGAAAAUCAGGCUGAAGGCCUCUGCAGGGUUCGUUAGUGCUAGUGCACUUGGAAUGGCAUGCGGUCCUGGGCUUGCUGGUUUGCUGCAGACAGAGUUCAAGAUCUACGGUGUCACCUUUAAUCAGAACACCUUGCCCGGGUGGGUCAUGUGCCUUGCUUGGGUUGUUAACUUGAUUUGGCUGUGGAUUUCAUUCAAAGAGCCAGAUCACAUUGCUAAAGAGAACGCAGCCAACACACAGUCAUCUGAUUCCACAGACCAUCGACGAAGUGACAAUUUAGAGGAUGGUCUAGCACAACCUUUACUCACGGAGGAGAAGGAGAGACAGGAUGAAAAUGUCAAGGAUGAUGACGACAAGGAGGAAGACCGUAAAGAAUGUCAUAAGCCAGCAACAUCUCUUGCCGCAGCAUACAGAUUGCUCACGCCCUCUGUUAAGGUUCAGUUAUUGAUCUACUUCAUGCUCAAGUUUACAAUGGAAAUUCUACUCUCAGAGUCGAGUGUUGUCACUUCGUUCUAUUUUAACUGGUCCACGGGUAGUGUGGCCAUCUUUCUAGCAGUUCUUGGGCUGACAGUUCUUCCGGUCAAUAUCAUCGUGGGAAGCUACGUUACCAACUUGUUUGAAGACAGGCAAAUUUUGGUGGCGUCUGAAAUCAUGGUCCUGAUCGGCAUCGCCGCGAGCUUCCAUUUCACCUCAAGCUACUCCGUUCCACAAUACGUCACGUCGGCUAUCAUCACGUUUGUGUUCGCCGAGGUGCUGGAAGGGGUCAACCUGUCCCUUCUUUCCCGGGUGAUGUCGUCGAGGCUUUCCCGGGGUACCUACAACGGCGGGCUCCUCUCGACGGAGGCCGGGACGCUGGCCCGGGUCACCGCGGACGUGACGAUCACAGCGGCGGGGUAUCUGGGGCAGAGCCAGCUCCUGAACGCCACCCUGGUCCCGUCCUUGGUCAUCUGCCUAGCCUCCAUCGCCGCGACGUUCGGCACUUACAACAGCCUGUACUGAGAAACAACUCCCUCGAUGAAACAUGGAUCGACGGCAAGCUGCUGUCUGAAGCUUUUGCGGUGACGCUGUAAAUGUUAGCUCCGUCACUGCUAGUGCUAGAUGCUGCGUCCCAAAGUGUUGUAUGGAAAUGGAAGCUAAACGAGCUGCCAAAUGUCCUACUGUAGCAAAUACACUUGAAAUAAUAAAGUGACAUGGCCCUUUAUGCAACAAA